AUGGCGUCCAGAAUAGGACCUCGGAGCGUCAAGGAUGCUACAAGGUUCACGUCCACCAUACCCCACGCUACGUCAAAGUCUGCCACCUCUGCGGCACCAAAGGCUUCCAGGAUCCCCGGCGAGACGCCCGAGCAGCGAGUACGGCGGUUGAGGCAGGCGCAUCUGGCGGCGCAAAAGGCACAGGUCAGCAAGGCGGACAGAGUCAUUGACGCCUCAAGGCGGUUCUUUGAUGUGGCGCACAGGUGGACGGUGGGGGGCCUUGUCAUGUUUACAGUCGUCGCCGGUGUCGUAAGCGUAUACUCAGUCUGGGACAUGCUGCGCUACAACCGCGCCCGCCGCGCCGAAUGGAUAGAAGCCCAACGCAAGUUCGAAGCCGACGAGCUCUCCACCGCUCGCCUGGCCUACCUCAAGGGCGACGCCACCGAGGAGCAAAUCGCCCUCGUCGAGGAGGCCAACCGAGAGGCCGAGGAGAAGGGCAUCCGCCUGCCCCCCUUGCUAUCCCCGCCCGAGCACCGCACACACUUCGAGGAGCACGUCAAGACGGCCUUUGACGCCGGCAAGGCUGCUGAGAGCAAGGGCAAGGGUCUGCUGGGCUUCCUUUGGGGAGGCAGCAGCAGCAACACGGAGAGCAGCACAAGCGGCGCUGCUCAGUCAGUAGGAGACGCCGCAAAGGAUGCGUGGGAAAAGGAAAAGCAAAACCAGCAGAAUGGAGGCCCCUUGGAUCAGCUUGCCCUGGACACUGGAAGCUCCGCGCCGGAGCCCAAGAAGAAGGGAUGGUGGUGA